GGAGGGUCAAGGUUUUCUCCAAACAAAUGGAGAGUUUGGUCUGAAGACUAAAGAUUUCACUUUAAAGGAGUUGAAAAAUCGAAACAGGAGCAGAAAACCAACCAACCAACCAAACAUCCGAGCUUUAUAGCUGUUAGUUGGCGAGUGGCCGCUUUGGAUCGACCAUGGUGCGUUGUUUGAGGUUUUUCACGGCGGUGGGCGACAACCACCGUCCCAUCACCACGUGGAAUGUGGAACAGCUACACAAGGUUAGCGAAGACCUGGAGGCUGCAAAGCAACCGGCUGGACAGCUGACGUUCAGAGACGCUCUGAAACGUCUCUUCAGUACAGAGAAAUUUCAGGUAACUGUUGUGUGCCUGGUGAUCCUGGAUGCCUUAUUUGUGCUGUGCGAGCUGCUCUUAGACCUGUCUAUAAUCAAAGCGGACGAGCAUCACAUCGCUCCACAGGUGUUUCACUAUCUCAGCUUGGCGCUGCUCACCUUCUUCAUGGUGGAGCUGGGCUUCAAGCUGUACGCCUAUCGGCUCGAGUUCUUUCACCACAAGUUUGAGGUGUUUGACGCGAUCGUCGUGAUCGUGUCCUUCAUCCUGGACAUCGUGUACAUCUCCAAAGAAAACGCCUUUGACGGCAUGGGCCUGCUCAUCCUGCUCAGGCUGUGGAGGGUGGCCAGGAUCAUUAAUGGUAUUAUGAUGUCAGUGAAGAGUCAAGCUGAUCACAAAGUGAACAAACUGAAAGAAGAAAAUGAUGGUCUACAAAAUCAAAUCAGCGAGCUGAAGGAGCACAAAGUCACACUGGAGCAAGAGGUCACCAGGCUGAAGGCACUCUUAACAAAGCACUCCAUUGAGUACUAAUGAACAGAACGCACCCCUACCAGUUGUACAUCACACACACAUUAUAAACACACAACCUUCAUGAUGAAUGUGAGCCAAUGAAGGGAAAUAUGCUAAACUAAGAAUCUAUAGGUCAAAGUUCUAGGUUUGUAUUUAAGGCCAGUGCUACAAGGCAAAAUCAAGCAUGAUACAUUUAAGGUAAACCGAAAAAAUUUAAGCUAAACCAAAAAAAUCUGGUCUGUAAUAGCAAGACCUGCUGCAGCUUUCUGAAGUGAAAAUAAAUCAUUACAUCUGAACUGUUACUCAAGGUUCACAAUAACAUUGCAAAAUUACAGACUCAACUAACACACUGUUUCACUCUGAAUUUCUUAGAUUUCCUACUUGGAUCUCCUUAAUCCUGAGUUAAACAUCAGUAAACAAAGCAGUAUUUUGUGAUAUACUGUACAUACAUUACUGUAUAUUUGUUUUAGAUUAAUCAAUGUAUUACCUUGUUAAUGCUGACUGAAGUGUUUAGGAGGUAAAUAUAAACCAAUCAGCCAUAACAUUCUGACCCUCCCUCUAAUAUAGAGUAGGUCCACAGUCAAAACAUGGACUCCACUAGACUGUUGAAGUUAUGCUGUGGUAUCUGGCACUGUAAGCUGUCAAGUCCUAUAAGUUGCCAUGUGGAGUCUCCAUGGAUCGGACUUGCUUUUCCAGCACAUCCCACAGAUGCUCUAUUGGAACCUUACCUCAGACUCACUGUGUUCCUCAAACCAUUCCUGAACAGUGUUUCCAAAUUAUCCUGCUGAAAGACGGCACUGCCAUCAGGGAACACUGUUGUCAUCAAGAAGUCAGCAACAACAUUCAGGAAGGCGGUAUGUCUCAAAGUAGUAUCCAUAUGAAUGUCAAGACCCAAGAUUUUCCUGCAGAACAUUUCCCAGGCCAUAGCAUUGCCUCCGCUGGCUCAUCAUCUUUCCAUCGUAAAUCCUGGUGUCAUAUCAUCUACAGGUUAGCAACGAAAAUGUGAUUCAUCAGACCGGGCCACCUUCUUCUAUGGCUCCAUAGUCUAAUUUUGAUGCUUACGUUCCCAUUGUGGCCCCUCUUGACGGUGGACGCAGGUCUGCGUGGGCUCACAUGCAACAAACAGCGAUGUGCAAAGUGUUUUAACACCUUUCUUUCUGAACCAGCAUUAAUGUUUUCAGCAGUCUGAGCUACAGUAGCUCUAUAAUUGGAUCAUAUUACACAGGCCAGCCUUUGCUUCCCAUUUGUAUCAAAAAUAUCUCUUGGCUGCCCAUGACCCUGUCACCAGUUCACCAGUGCUCCUUCUGUGGACCAUUUUUGGAAGGUCUGACCACUGCAGACUGGCAACAUUGGCCUUUUUUUUUUUUUUUUGCUUCCAAUACAUCAACUUCAGGGACAUGACGUUCACUUGCUGCCUAAUAUACACCCACUUCCAGAAUCCCCACCUCUACUCAUUAUGCAGCUUGAGUCUGAAAACAAAAGUUCCAAUUUCCAAUCCAAUGCAUCAUCUGAGACAUUUAUGGCCAUUCAUUG